ACAUCACUCCUCUAACCAGGUCCCUUGAUGCCUGCCCCCUCCCUCUCUCCUUCCCUCCCAACCCGCCUCCUGUGUCUCCCAGCCCUGCUCUGACGUGGGAGGUGAGGGGGGUGGGGGGUUGGAUGACUCACAGUGUUAUGAUGCAGUUCCACAACACACAGCCACAUUUACCCACAGACCGAGGAGCGGAAAGAGAAGAGAGAAGAGUGAGCAGAGAGAUUGAGAGAGAUAGACGGAGAUCUCUGGAGCAGACCUCAAGGUGAUUUCCAUUUCUAUCUGGUUCUCGUCUGGGGGGGCCCUGGCCGGGCAGCCCCCCCACCCUUCUACUGUCCUGAAACACGGCUCUAGCCAACCUGCUCCGCUGCUUUACCUGCGACCGUCUCUGUGGGGGCUGCACGGCACCAGCCCCUCCAGCCCGACAGGGCAUCGUCCUCCAGCCCGUCAUGCCCAGCUGUGACCCUGGCCCGGCCCCUGCCUGUCUACCCACCAAGACUUUCCGCAGCUACCUGCCCCGCUGCCACCGCACUUACAGUUGUGUCCACUGUCGAGCACACUUGGCCAAACACGAUGAGCUUAUUUCCAAGUCCUUCCAAGGGAGCCAUGGCCGGGCCUACCUGUUUAACUCCGUGGUCAACGUGGGUUGUGGGCCAGCUGAACAGCGUCUCCUGCUCACAGGACUGCACUCGGUAGCUGACAUUUUCUGUGAAAGCUGCAAGACCACACUUGGCUGGAAAUAUGAACAAGCUUUUGAGACCAGCCAGAAAUACAAAGAAGGGAAGUACAUCAUUGAGAUGUCACACAUGGUGAAAGACAACGGCUGGGACUGAGGGGCUCAGCAGGCUGUGACCCUCCUCCGCAUGCCCCACCUUCCUCACACCAGUCCCCUGGCCCUGUGAGCAGUCCACACCAGCAUGAGUACUGCCCACCCCUGGGGAAACCUGGCUCCAAAUGACCACGGCCUCCCUUCCCCCACCACAGCAGUACCAGGUCCCUUUGGAACAGGAGCCUGCGAUACCCCAGGGGUGGUUAAGGCUCAGGAGCGGGUAGCAGUCAGGGAAAUACAAAACUGAGGAGACGACUGUGGCUCUGAAA